CGUAAUUUGAGUAAUUUCCUGUUUGAUUUAAAGGGUAAUGUUUAACCUAGUUCUUUAUAUUUUCACUGGCAGAAUUCAAAACGUGACUCAUUUAUUUUGGGACAAACGUCUGGUUGCUUAGGUAUUAGAGGGCAUGGAAACUUUUCACUAUCCUUGUAUUCCUGGCUUAGUUUCUAUUUAUUUAUAGGAAAACCAUUCUCGACCAAACUCUACACAAUUAAAAAAUACCGCAGAUCAACUUACUGAAGCCAAUGGUACGUUAAUGAAAAAAGACAAUUUUUUGGAGUUUUCUGAUACUUCUUUGAAAGAUGGAAGCAAGCCAAGCCUUGUUGAAAAAAACUUUAGCCUCAGCGAUGAAGUUACUACCGUAAAACAUCGCGAGAAAAUUAUGUUGCUGAAAGCUAAGAAUUGCAAUGAAUUACGAGAGACAAAAAUACCUCUGAAAUCUUUCUCGACGGACGAAGCACUAAAGAUUGCAGACGGAUCGCCGGGCACGCGCGUUUAUGUUGGUCUGAUGGAAAACGGGCGGGAAAUUGCCGUUAAAAGAAUUUUAAAAGAAACAACUGAUCGCUUAGCCCAAACCGAAUUGGAGAUCUUCCGUCUAACUAGGGAUAUUAGAUCCCCAUACAUUGUAAACUACUGGAACUUUGACUGCGAUGAGUUUUUCAUGUACCUGGUGAUCGACCUGUGUGAGGAAAAUUUGAAUGACUAUGUUGCUAAGACUUGUUCUCUUGAGUACUUACAGAAACAUGGUGUCCGAAUGAUAGAGGAAAUAUUACUCGGGCUGCAAGUUCUUCACGACAGAGGAAUCCUGCAUAGAGAUCUUAAGCCAUCAAAUAUUCUUGUUAGCGUUGAUGGCCGUAUGCAGUUGUCAGAUUUUGGGAUCAGUCGUGUGCUUAAUGAUGACGAAUCAACAUUUCUAACCGCACCGAAAGGAACCGUUGGUUGGAUUCCACCUGAAGUAAUUGAGCAAAUAGAUAAAGAAGAUAGCAAGGGACCCUAUAAAAGAAAAUCUGAUGUGCACGUUGCCGGAAUGAUUGCAUUCUUUAUUUUGACCAAAGGUGAACACCCGUUUGGCCUUCGACUAGAACGUAUGGUAAAUAUUUCGAAAGGAGAACCUAUUUUCUUGAAUAAAGUUACGGCACCAACUGCUCAGAAGUUUAUUUCCCAGCUGAUAAGUCAUAAUAUUGAUCACAGGCCGUAUGUUAAGGAUGCCUUGAAACAUUGUUUUUUUAAAGAGCAAAGUCAAUUAAUUGUGCAUGAUAAUUGAAUAAUUUAUAGGGAAUAAGUAGAAUUUAGAGAGCUAGAUGUAUGCUGAAGUAAUUCAUAUACCAGGAGAGAAGUAAAUCAUAUGAGAGGAGAAAAUUACGUUGAUGCUCUAAACUCUCUUGGUAUUCCAUCCAUAAAAGUCCACCACGAAUAUGGACAGAGUAGCGAUAAUUACGAUGGCUUAGAUACCUGGUUGCUGUGAACUCAUUAACUUCAAGCAAUAGAAUUCAUAAAUUACUACCAGGUAUAUUGGUCAGACGUCACAUGUGUUGAUCUUUCAUCGGAUGUGUUCAGAGAACGAGCUCAGCUAUGUCUACUAAAAAAAGUUUAACUAUAGAAGCAAUUAUAGAACUAUGGCUGCAUCGAUUCUUACCAAGUAUAAGGAAUUUCUGAAAUAAGAUCUAACGUAAACGUUUUAACAAAUAAAUGUAAGGAUAUUGAAACCACACAACAGUAUUUGUCAAAUGAAUUUGAUAAUUUUAAAAAAAUACUGCGUGAUAACAAGCGGCUAACUGCAGAUCCCUCGAAGAAGAUAAACAAUUUUGAAAGAGGGAGAGGUUUAUUAAUAAUCUAUCUUUAGAUUAAA